AUGACGGACGGAGAAGACGUACGUGGACGGAGAUGUGCGGAGGAUGUGGAACAGCUCUCAUUGAUUUACAUGAAAGACAAGCGCUCCGCACGACAUACCCGGAAGCCAGUGGUCAAACUGCACAGAAUAGCUCACCAUCAGCUUCAUUCAAAGAACAGCAACCAGCAGCCACAGCAAACCGGUGACCAACAGAAAAACUGCAGUUUGGUUGCAGAGAAAAAACGUCUGAGGAACGGGAAGGAAGAUCAGCUGGUUGUCAAACAGGACGGCCACCAACGUCUCCCCAGCAUCGGCAGGAACCCAUCUGAACAUCAGGUCAGAGAUGACAAGGAAUCGGGGCGAACGGACCAAACCCAGCAGAGUGAUGGUGGCGCUCCGACAGAUCAGAAUCCUCUCAAAGGGAAGUCCUUAAUAAACCAUCAAAAUGACUCAAACGCAGGUGAGAAUGUGUUUCUGUGCAAAAGCUGCGCUAAAGACUCGGCCCCUGUGACCCCAGCUGAUAGCAAGGCACCUUAUUGCUGUUCAAAGUGUCAGAGGAAUUUCCCUUCAACGGGAGAACCCGCCUCGUCCCCGAAUGCUGAUGAGAAACCGUUUUCCUGCUCAGAGUGUGAAAAAAGCUUUGAAACAGAGGAGGCGUUAACGCAGCACAUGAAGGAGUAUUCAGAAGUCAAGGAUGUGUUUUGUCCUGAGUGUGGAAAUAACUUUAAAACCAAACACUGGCUCAUGGCUCACAGGAGACUCUAUGCAAAAACCAGGCCAAACUAUCAGUGUAUAUGUGGACAGUCCUUCAGGGAGGAAGACGACUUAUUGAGGCACAGAAAAAGUUACCAUUCAGAAAAAGCUUAUGUCUGCGAUUAUUGCAAAAUGUCUUUUAGCCAAAGGAGUUCCCUGCAAAUACACACACAGAUGCACAGAUACCUCCACAUGACGAAGACCAAACCGACAAAACGAUUUCAGUGUGAUCUGUGCAAGAAAAGUUACUGCUUCAAAAAGAAACUAGAGUCUCACAUGAUGGGUCAUGUGAAAAAACUGCAUUCCCGGGAAAUGAUGGGAAAAAUACAAAAGUAAGAGAUGCAUGGUUCAUUUCCAAGAUCCUAAGAAACCGCAGCAUGAGCUUCGAAUGGCAGCAAAGAUGGAGGAUUGAAAGGUUCCCUGUUCGAUCUGUAGGAAGCCGUUCCAAUUCAGGAACAUGACUAGUCCCAGGCCAAGUCGUGGAAAAACCGUUCUCCUGUGGAAUCUGUGGCAGAGGUUUUUGGAGUCGGGCUUGAUGGAAAUUUCCCCUGAGAAACUGAUUCUAAACGAAACCCUUUUCCUGUGAAACCUGUGGGAAACUUUUUUCCUUUUGAUUCCUCAAGUUUCACUUGAAAACUUGAAAAGAAGAAGUAGUUCCACCUUUAUAUUUUUUCAACCUUUUACAACUGAAUGUUUGACACUAAUAGGAUUAAAUUAUAUUAGAAGAUCCAUCAUUCCUGAGAACUGGAAUAUUUACAUGCACUGAACUAUUAGCAUGUUUGGGUUUUUUAAAAUGAGAGAGAAAAUUGUCUGGAGAGUCUUUGUGUGUGAGUGAAGAAUUUUAAGUUUAUG